AUGUGUCUCUGCGUUUGCAGACUUCAGUCUCACCCCUCUUCCUCCCCUCACCUCUCAGAUCUGCCUCCGUGUUCGCUGCUCCCGCAUUCGUUGCUCCGCGUUCCCUGCGUUUGUUGUUCCGCGUUCCCUGCUCCGCGACCGUUGCUCUGUGACCACUGGUCCACUACCAAUGCCUCUACGUUCGCUACCUUUGCCUUCGUUGCCUCCGCAACUGCUGCCUCCGCGAGUGCUGAAAUUGAUUUAAAUUUGUUCAUAAAAUGUGUCAAACUAGGUGAAACUCCACCAAACUUUCCUAUUGGGUUCCUUGAAUAUCCCCUCAAGCAAACUAAGUUGGUGACUUUUGCAUCUUCCUCCAACGUGCCAUUGGUAAUUGUCCUCAAUUUGCCCUCGACUGCUCCAAAGGUAAUAGUUAUUUUUGAAGCAGAGCCAAGUGCCAUUAUUGAUACUCCUUCAUCUCAUGAAACAUCUCCUCAACGAAUUUCAAAUUGA